CUGCCCCGCCCCGCCCCGCCCCGCCAGCUCCGCUGCGCCCGGCUCUGCGCGCUGGGGCUGGCGGGGCGGCAGCCGGGGAGCAGAGCGCCGGCGCCCGGCAGCAGGUGGGCGGGGUGUGGGCAGGCGGCGGCUGCCGGUCCUGGGGCUGCCGGCUGCGCUUGGGCAGGGACCGGCGGCCGUGCGGGCGCGCCAUGGACUUCAACAUGAAGAAGCUGGCUUCGGACGCAGGCAUCUUCUUCACCCGGGCGGUGCAGUUCACAGAGGAGAAAUUCGGCCAGGCUGAGAAGACCGAGCUUGAUGCCCACUUUGAAAACCUUCUGGCCCGAGCAGACAGCACCAAGAACUGGACGGAGAAGAUACUGAGGCAGACGGAGGUGCUACUGCAGCCCAACCCCAGUGCCCGAGUGGAGGAGUUCCUGUAUGAGAAGCUGGAUAGGAAGGUCCCCUCGCGGGUCACCAACGGGGAGCUGCUGGCUCAGUACAUGGCGGAGGCAGCCAGUGAGCUGGGGCCCACCACUCCUUACGGGAAGACACUGAUCAAGGUGUCAGAAGCUGAAAAGCGUCUGGGAGCUGCAGAGAGGGAUUUUAUCCACAUGGCCUCUGUCAACUUCCUCACUCCCCUGCGUAACUUCCUGGAAGGGGACUGGAAGACAAUAUCGAAGGAGAGGCGGCUCCUCCAGAACCGGCGUCUGGACUUGGAUGCCUGCAAAGCACGGCUGAAGAGGGCCAAGGCUGCAGAAGCCAAAGCCACGACGGUGCCUGACUUUCAGGAGACUAGACCUCGUAAUUACAUUCUCUCGGCCAGCGCCUCCUCGCUCUGGAAUGAUGAGGUGGACAAGGCUGAGCAGGAGCUCCGAGUGGCCCAGACAGAAUUUGACCGGCAGGCAGAAGUGACCCGUCUCCUGCUUGAGGGAAUCAGUAGCACUCACGUGAACCACCUUCGCUGCCUGCAUGAGUUUGUCAAGUCUCAGACGACAUACUAUGCGCAGUGCUACCGCCAUAUGCUGGACUUACAGAAGCAGCUGGGCAGCUCCCAGGGCGCCAUAUUCCCAGGCACCUUCGUGGGCACCACAGAGCCUGGCUCCCCACCCCUGAGCAGCACCUCACCUACCACCACUGCGGCCACUAUGCCUGUGGUGGCUUCUGUGGCCAGCCUGGCUCCUCCAGGGGAGGCUGCGCUCUGCCUGGAGGACGUGGCACCCCCUGCCAGUGGGACUCGCAAGGCCCGGGUGCUCUAUGAUUAUGAGGCUGCUGACAGCAGUGAGCUGGCCCUGCUGGCUGAUGAGCUCAUCACUGUCUACAGCCUACCUGGCAUGGACCCCGACUGGCUCAUCGGUGAGAGAGGCAACAAGAAGGGCAAGGUCCCUGUCACCUACUUGGAACUGCUUAGCUAGACAGGCCACCUCUUGGCCCCUGCCUUUUCUGGCCUAGGCAGAUACACUUACCUUGUUUGUUGGCAAUACAGCUGCUCAGGGUGGGGAGACUACUUCACUGAACUCUGCCCAUGCCCCAGUCAGCUGUGAGGGAGCCCAAGAGGCUGAAUGUCCCCGCCCCACCCCAUCCUGCUUCUGACCCGUGGUUCUGGAGCUCCCAACCCUGCCUGCACCUCCUGAGCACCCCAGCCCUUCUGGCUCCUGCUAAGGAGGGGGGCUGCGUGCAGCAGCUGCACGUGGCACCUAAUCCAGGGUGGGGGCAGCCACAGACAGGCCUAGGAAGUCCUGGGGUAUCCUUGGCAAGAGAGCCCCUGCUCUGAGUUGCCAAAAGCAGCACAGGGGAAAAGGUGAAAUAGGCAGGGCUCUAGAGGGAGGGGAGAGCAUCUUCUGGUGCUACCUUGCCCCAUCCCCCUCACAGGGGGCUCAACCAAGCCUGGUGGCUGCAGCCUUCACCUCUUCACACUCACUUUUUAACUGGUGUUUCUACUCCUGCCUGUCUGCUUGCUCUCUAGCCAAUGACAAAUAAUAAACCCUCCUGUGUGCAA